AUCUUGCCAGCGAGGAAGUUGAAGGAUCGAAGCUUUCCAUGAAAGCGAAAGCGGGAGAGGGAGAGGGAGAGGGAGAGGGAGGGAGAGGCGGGGGUCAAAGCUGGCAUUUUUCUCUCUUCGAUUUUUGGGGGAGUUUGGUCUCGCCCUUAUUAAUGCCUCCCAUUGGAAGUGAGAGAGGACUGAAAUCGUGAGAGAGGUGUGGGUUCUCCUCCCCCCCCCCCCCCGGUUUUUUUGGGUAGCUUUGCUGUGUGUUUUUGGAUUGGAGAGGGGCGGGCAAGGUGAUGCGCUGGGGACAAUGUCGGGCUCGCCUUCUCUGUCCGCGGAGAAGAAGCACUGGUGGCUGAGAAACAGGCAGAUCGUCGACAAGUACGUCAGAGACGCCCGGUCCCUCAUUGCGACGCAGGAGCCCUCCGAUGUCUCCGCCGCCGUGGCCCUCCUCGACGCCGCCCUCGCCCUCUCCCCACGCUUGGAGGCGGCGCUGGAGCUCAAGGCCCGGUCCCUCCUUUUCCUCCGCCGCUUCCGGGAGGUGGCGGACAUGCUCCAGGAGUACAUCCCCAGCUACAAGAUGGCUCCCGACGACGACGACUCUUCCUCCCUCGGCUCCUCCUACGCCGACCGCUCCACCUCCCACCCCCUCUCCCGAGAACGCGCCAAGCUCCUCGCCCCUGGCCGCGAGCGCUCCGAUGGCGGCCUCUCCUUCCGCUGUUUCUCCGUCUCCGACCUCAAGCGCAAGCUCCUCGCCAGCCUCUCCAAGAGCUCCGAGAAAGAAGACCAGUGGAGGUAUUUGGUUUUGGGCCAGGCCUGCUGCCACUUGGGUCUCAUGGAGGACGCCAUGGUCCUCGUCCAGACCGGCCGCCGCCUCGCCUCCGCUGCCUUCCGCCGCGAGAGCGUCUGCUGGUCCGACGACAGCUUCACCUUCUCCACCGCCCCCUCUUCCUCCUCUGUCUCCGUCGCCACCUCCGCCGCCCCUUCCCCGCCACCCUCCCCUCCGCCGUCCGAGUCGGAGUCCGCCUCCCACCUUUUAACUCAUAUUAAGCUCCUCCUCCGCCGCCGGGCCGCUGCGCUGGCCGCUCUCGACGCCGGCCUUCCCGCCGAGGCCGUCCGCCACUUCUCUAAGAUCCUCGACAGCCGCCGCGGCGUCCCCCAAGCUUUCGCCGCCGCUUGCUUCAUCGGCCGCGCUGCCGCCUACCGCGCCGCCGGCCGGCUCGCCGAUGCCAUCACCGACUGCAACCGCGCCCUCGCCCUCGAUCCGACGUCCAUCCCGGCCCUCCGCGCUCGCGCCGACCUCCUUGAGGCCGUCCGGGCUCUACCGGAUUGUCUCCGGGACCUCGACCACCUCAAGCUCCUAUACGAUUCCAUUCUCCGGGACCGCAAGCUCCCGGGCCCCUUGUGGAGGCCCCACAACGAUGUCCGCUACCGCGACAUCCCGGCCAGCCACCGGGCUCUCACCGCUCGAAUUCAGCAGCUCCGAGCUCGGGUGGCGGCGGGGGAGGGGUCCAACGUGGACUACUACGCUUUAAUUGGUGUCCGGCGGGGGUGCACACGGUCGGAAUUGGAGCGCGCCCACCUAUUGCUCUCAUUGAAGCACAAACCGGACAAGGCGGCGGGGUUCGUCGACCGGUUGGAGUUCGCCGACGAUUACCGGGAUCUAGAUGAAGUCAAAGACCAAGCCAGGAUGUCAGCGUUGAUACUCUACAGGAUGCUGCAGAAGGGGUAUGCUAGCAUUAUGGCGGCGGUGAUGGAUGAGGAGGCCGCCGAGAAGCAACGGGCGAAGGAGGCGGCGGCGGCGGCGGCGGCUGCCGCCGCAGCUGCGGCAGCGGCGAAGCAAGCGGCGGCGGCGGCGGCAACAACGGUUUUUUCAGGAUCGGAGAAGGUGGAGGUGGAGAGGGGUUUGGGGUCGAAGGAGUGCGGUGUCAGUGCAGAGAAGGCGGCGCCGGUGUCCGCGUUCCAAGGGGUAUUCUGCCGGGACAUGGCGGUGGUCGGAAGCUUGCUGUCGCAAGCGGGGUUCAAUAGGACGAUUCCGGUGAAGUAUGAGGCGCUGAGCUGCUGAAGGAUGGGGGUGAAGGUGCCAUGGAUGGAAGGAAGGAAGGAGGGGGAGAGGAUGGAAUUCGAAUUGCUGGGUAAUGUACAGGGGGAAAUGGGAGGGAAAUUUUGUCCAAAUCUCUAGUUGUUACAGUGCAGUUUAGUUUUUUCUUUUGGCUUCUUAAGCUUAGUUUCUCUCUUCUUCUGUCAAUGAAGUCUAUUGUUGCUAUAAUUUCUCCAUGCUUGUACAGUAGUGAAGCUCUUUAUGAAUGUCCAUCCUUCCUGGCUCACCAUCUUGUUAGAAA